AUGAAGGAGUUGGCAUCUCAUCACUUUUGUCUGAAACAUACGGUGCACAUGCUUGAUGACUUCGAUCUUGAGGGCCCAAAUGGAUCUCAUAAAUGCCUAGUUUAUGAGCUUCUGGGGCCUAAUAUUCCGGACACAAUUGAUGCACACUUUCCUGAUGGGAGACUCCCUGGGAAGCUCGCCAAAGUCAUUGCGAAGCAGAGUCUUAUUGGGCUUGAUAGCUUGCACCGACAGAAUAUUGGACAUGGAGAUCUGCAUACCCGCAAUUUGGCCUUCACUAUGCCUUACAUGGACAAUGUAACCGAAGAGGGGUUUACUGAGAUGCUUGGAAAACCAGAAAUUGGCUAUGUCCGAAGGAGCGAUGGGAAAGACCUGGCGCCUGGCAUACCUGAAUAUAUCGUUAAGCCUACCUCAUAUCGGACGCAUUCUUGGAAUUCGGCCCAGUCAAUCAAAAUAAUCGACUUCGGGGAAUCAUUUUUACCCACUGCAAUUCCUCAAACACUACACACACCUCUAGCUCUUCGGGCACCUGAAGUGAUAUUUCAAGAUCGCAUUGAUUAUCGUGUUGACUUGUGGAGCAUGGGAUGCAUGCUCUUUGAACUUUUCACGGGGCAGCCGCCUUUCGACACCUUCUUGAUAACGCCAACAAUUCUUGUUGGCCAAAUGCGAGAGAUGGCAAGCGAUGACCUACCUGAAAGAUGGCAAGGGAUAUGGGAUACAAUGAACGCAGGGGACGGCAGAGCCACAGAAAACACCGGGCCCAGCUUGCAGAAAUGGCUGGAAGAAGUGUACUUUGAAGGGCUGGAGAGUCCCGAUCUCACAAGAGAGGACAUACAACUUUCUGAAACCUCUUUGAUUUGGGGUUCAGAAGAAGAAGCAAUCGAUCUGUUGCUUCCAGCUCGGGGCCGCCGCUUGUACAAAGCCAUAAAAGGGACAGAAGUAAGAGCCACCUACGCCGCCCUUGCAGGUCGAUUCAACGCAAUCUAUGUCGUUCAGGUGGUCGAUCAGACAAUUCCGGAAAUUCCAAAUUAUGAAUUAGAACGUGGAGUUGGCCCAACGGGUGAACCCAAACAUAUAAAUAUCCAGAACUGGAGCGAUAAUUUCAAUAGGGCUCCUCUCCAGAGCUAG